GAAGACGCCGCAAUCGGUGUCAGAAACCCCGGAUAAGCAGUUUUAGUUUCUUCUUCUAUUUUUUUUGCCGUUCUUGGUGCAAUCCUGAGGUGGUCUAAUCAAGAGAGAGAGAGAGAAAAUGUCGGGGCAGACGCUCACGGAUCGCAUCGCUGCUGCGCAGUACCAGCUAACGGGAUCAGAUAUGGCACGCGCCGUCUGCAAAGCCACCACUCAUGAAGUGAUGGCGCCCAAGAAGAAGCACCUGGAGUAUUUGGUAUCGGCCACCAAUGCCACCAAUGUGAACAUCCCUCAGAUGGCAGACACGCUGUUUGAGAGAGCCACCAACGCCAGCUGGGUGGUCGUCUUCAAGGCCCUUGUCACCACUCAUCACAUGUGUGUCCAUGGAAAUGAGAGGUUCAUUCAGUACUUGGCCUCUAGGACCUCUCUGUUCAACCUCAGCAACUUUAUUGACAAAACUGGCUCUCAUGGCUAUGACAUGUCUACAUUCAUCAGACGGUAUGGUCGCUACCUGAACGAGAAGGCCUUCGCCUACCGCCAAAUGGCUUUUGACUUCACCAAAGUCAAGAAGGGUGCUGAGGGUGUGAUGAGGACCAUGACCACUGAGAAACUGUUGAAAGGCAUGCCUGUCUUGCAGACUCAGAUCGACACACUGCUGGAGUUUGAUGUCCAUCCGAAGGAGUUGAACAAUGGGAUUAUCAAUGCUGCAUUCAUGCUCCUUUUCAAGGACCUGGUCAAACUGUUCGCCUCCUAUAAUGACGGCGUUAUCAAUCUAUUAGAGAAAUACUUCAAGAUGAAGAAGAGUGAGUGUAAGGAGGCCUUGGAGAUCUACAAGAGAUUCCUAACUAGAGCAACUAAGAUUGGAGAAUUCAUGAAGUUGGCUGAGACAGUUGGAGUUGACAAAAAUGAUAUUCCUGAUAUCAACUAUGAUCCCAGCAGUAUCCUGGAAUCCUUGGAAACACACAUGAACGGUCUGGAGGAUGUAAAGGGUGGAAAGAAGGGGUCUCCAACAAAGGGGUCCCCAACAAACAACGUUUCUCCCACUUCAACUCCUGCCAAAUCUUCAAAUGCCGUCCCCACACUGCAGCCUCCACCCGGUGAGAGUCCUGCCGCUGCCGCUGCCGCCGAGCCAGCCGAAGAUUCUCUGCUGGACUUGGAUCCACUCUCCUCCUCAGGCCCCUCAGCACCGUCAGCAGCCCCCACCUCUUGGGGAGAUCUGCUUGGAUCAGAAAUGGGCGAUUCCUUGUUAUCUGAACCCACCCUCACGGCAGAGCCCGCCCCCUCCCCUGCAGCGGCCACACCCGCUCCCGCAGCAUCAGAACCCGGAGCCUCUCUAGCCCCUCCCUCUAGCACGGCAGCCGCCACCUCCCCUGGCGCCACCAAUAUGGAUCUGUUGGGAGAGGCAUUUGCAGCACCUGCUGCCACCGCUGAGGCCUCUGCAGCAGCCGAUGGUGGGGCUGCCACCACACCCAUCCCGGCCGCCAACACUGGAGCUGAGUCUGCCGGAGGUGAUGCCCUAUCUGCUGCCCCUGGUGCCCCUGGUGCUGAACUGAUGUCAGUGUUCGAUGGACUAGGGGACGUAAUGAAGCCCGCUGUUACCCCCCAGGCGGGAGACCUGGAUGCCACGAUGGCUAACCUGGCAGGCAAUCUUUCAAUGGGAAACCCAACGGCUCCUCAGGUAGCUCCCCCCAGUUGGGGUGCUCCUAUGACUGUACCCAUGGGGGUCCCUUCUUUUAUGGGGUCUUACCCCAGCUUCAGCAUGCCUGGGGCGCCAGGCGCUGGAGCCCCCAUGAUGCCCAUGGUUAGGCCAGGCUUCCCCGCCACAGGAGCAGCCCCAGGAGCACCGAUGUCUCCAGGGAUGGGCCAGAGCCCCAGGAGGCCCCCACCUCCAAGAAAUGCACUGGAUGAUCUUAACAUUAAGGACUUCAUGUAG